AGUGAACAACUAUGGACACACGUUUUUCGUGUUAAAAUUAUGUCAGAACAAAGAGAUAUGCUAUCUGCCUGACAUAUUGUAGAGGUGAAAACGUUGGCAUUCUCGAAGAACGCGUUCAUUUCCAAAAUGAAGACAAUAUUGUCAAUUUCGGCAUGUUGGUUUUUAUUUGUGUUUAUACACGUUGAAGCCGUAACAGAUGAGGAUUUUCAAUCACUGCUUGCCAGGCUUUCCGUGCUCGAAGAAAAACAAGCUUAUCUUGAAACGGAAAAUAAGUUGUCACAAAAAAGAAUCGCCGAAUUAGAAAAAUACAAGAUAUUGUCCGACAAAAGAGUCGCUUCGCUUGAACGAAAAAAUGCUUUAUGUAACAGACGACAAGAUGAUAUUAUAAAGAAACUGUAUGCAGACAAAGUCGCGCUUAAAACCGACAAGAUACUGCCUGACGCAACCACCACAACAAAUGAAUACGAAAAGACUCUGUCUGCCUAUGACAGAAAAAUCGCCACGCUCGUGAACGAAUAUGCAGCAUCACCCAACCGGAGUGGUAAAGAUGAUAGUUACUCUGCUGCGGUUGAUAUUGCUGUACUUCAAUCGAAACAAAAAAGAUUUGUUGCAGAAGGGACUGUUGCGUUUUCUGCAAUGAAAGUAGCUCACCAAGAGCAUGUUGGCAUUAAUCAGAACAUCAUCUUCGAGCAGGUUCUUACAAAUGACGGAGGCGGGUACCAUCAAAAUCACGGUGUCUUCAUUGCUCCACAAUCCGGCGUUUACGUCUUCUCGUCGUCCAUUAUGUGUUUCCCAAAUGGGAAGGAGGUCCUUGCUGAAAUUGUUCAUAACGGAAACCCCGUCACGCGCAUGUACUGCCAAGGUGCCAAUGGACACGAUCAGGGCAGUCAGACUGCUGUCAUAAAGAUGAAUGCUGGGGAUGAAGCUGCGGUUCUAAAUGUUUACCGUGCAGAUGAUAGUAUCUGGGGUAGUCUGUUUACGUCAUUCAGUGGCUAUUUAGUAUGGCUUCAAUAAAUUAAGUGUGACCGACAAAUUAUAUCUACUGUAGACAUAUUAGUUAAACCAUGCAAAUAAAACUAGUUAUGCAAAUCGAAUGUUCGUCAUUUCCAUUAAAAUCAAAUCCUGAUUUCGCGUGUAUUGAAAUAACAGAUUGUAUCGAUGAAAUAUAAAUCUUAUUGUUGAAUUGUACAAAGUGACUGGGCACUGCAAAUUUAUGCAAAUUAUGAUUCUUCCAGUAAUGGCAAUGAGUAGACAUCUAGUGUGUCUUGCACUAACAGUAAAUGAAGAUGACCUCUUUAGGAAUUUCGUUUUACUCAAACUUAUAUGUGAUUUGUUUUAACUUGAUUAUGAUACAUUCGCUUGAAAUCGACUUUAAUGUUUCUUUGUAAUGGCAUGAAAUUGACAGGAUAAAAUUGUCAAUAUAUUAUUGAUAACCUAAUUUUAGCGUAAAUUUUCGUUUUCGUUUAAGGUAAAGUAUAUUAUGUUAUCAAUAACAGUAAAAUAGUGGGGUAAUCGAAUACUUGAUGUUUAUUUACCUACUAUUUGGUAUUAGAUAAAUAACUUCUUAUGAGAAAAUAGCUUUAUAAGUUAACAAAUAAUACACCAACUUUCGCUUUCGACUUUGGUAUGUGAUAUUGUAAACUUAACAACAGGUGAAAUGAUAUCAUUAAGUUUUUAUUAUGUAUAUUUACUCAUGAUUACAUGUUUUGUAAAUCAUGCCACCCUUGCUUUGUUAAACAUGCCUUGUGAUUAUUUGUGAUAAUUGUAUAACUAUGUUGUUCGAAUCUUCGAUAUCGGAGGAAAUAAAGAAUAUAUUAUUCAUUUUUAAAGGUA